AUGAUAAGCCAUUAUUUGAAGUGCUUUUUGUUGCUUUCAUUCGUCAGCGCGUCAUACAGUUAUAAGAUUUUGGUAUGGUCGCCGACGGUGAGCAAGUCGCAUAUGAUCCAAAAUGGACGAGUGGCAGAUACGCUAGCAUUGGGAGGACAUAAUACUGUGAGUUUUUUUGGUUUAUGUAUAAAAAACGUCUAUUUUUGCUGUAGUCGAAAACAGCUAUAAAUUAAUUGAUAUCAAAGAAAGUGGAGGCUUCUGAGGAUUCAAAGAAACAAAAACUCUAACAUUUGGCCCAAAAAAAGAUAGAGAAAUGACAGCCAAUUCAAGCGGUCGGAGAAAUGGAGACCCUUAUACUAUGUAGCCCUUCCGGAAUGAAGCCUGCGACAAAGAUUUUAUUGAACUGUGCAAUUUUUUGAUUCUUGCAUCAAAUAGGCUUUUUUUGGCUGUUGCUCGCACCCUGACUUUUUUCACACAGUACACACGCCAAAAAACAGUCCGGCGACUUUCUGGAAGGACUAGUAUAAACUCAGCAUCAAAAUAUAUAUUUUUUCAGACACUCAUCGAAGUGGACUAUUCGAUCGAACCCGGGAGUGUAAAAGCUGUCCGACAUGCGAACUACUGGCCAGUCUCCCAUCAUCAUCCUGAUCGAAUUCGGGGACCUCGAUACCUCGAGGACAUACUGUCCGAUUCGAUCUACAAAGAAUACUACGUUUUUCACGACUUUUUUGAUUUCACGGAUGAUUUUUGCCUUGGUAAGCGUUAUCUAUAAUAGUUGAUUUUUAAUCUUAGACUUCCUUCGCAACAAAGAGCUAAUGGACAAAGUGAAGGCCGAAAAAUACGACGCAAUUUUUUACGAGCAAUACGAUUUCUGUCCAAUUGUCAUCGCCCAAGCGUUGAAUAUCAAGGUUAAGGUGUGGAUGUCGAGUUGCCCACAGUUGGCACAUCAAGUUGCGAUCAUGGGGAUCCCAUUCGAGGCUAGCUAUGUGCCAGCGGCAAUGAACAACCCGAAUGGCGAUAGGAUGAACUUUUUCGAACGAAUCGGCAAUAUUAUUCGGCUUUAUCUCAUGUAUGAUGUCCAUGUCAGCGCAUGGAACAGGCUUGACAGCGAGGUUCGAAAGAUUUUUGGAGACAACUUCCCAAGGAUUGUGGACAUCGCCAAGACUGCGGAUUUGGUAUUUGUAAAUACCGAUGAAAUCAUCGAUUUCCCGCGGCCAUUACCCCCAAAUGUUAUCCAUGUCGGAGGCCUUGGAAUGUCAUCAGUUCACAAAGAUCUCGAGGCGCCAUUUGACGAUCUGAUGACCAAAGGGCCGAAAGGAGUUGUGUUGUUUUCGUUGGGAUCGGUGGUUCCGACCAAACUUUUACCACCUCAGUAUAUGAAGAACGUUUUGGAUACGUUGGCAAAGUUCAAGGACUACUUCUUUAUUGUCAAGGUUUGUAAGGACGAUUUGUCAUCAAUCGAGUAUGCCAACGGGACGGAGAAUGUCUAUGUUAACGACUGGAUCCCGCAGGCCGGGAUAUUAGGUAAGUCUUGCGCCAUGAGAAGUUUUGUUUUGAAGAUACAGUGGGCGACCUUAUCCAGUGGGAAAAAACGCUUCAUUUUGCAUCCGGGAAGUAUCAGAAAUGUGGCAAAAUGCUUCCUUCUCCAAAACUUUGUUUUGAAGGGCGCGCCUUCUCCCUUACAAAAAAAGCGCGCGCGCUUUUGAAAUCUGAGUUUUUUUCACUUGGAGAGGGAGAUAUUUUGCCACAUUUUUUGAAACUUCCUGGAUGCAAAAUGGUACGUUUUUUGCCACUGAACAGGUCCCCCACUGUAGAGAGCAAAAAAUGUUAAAUAAUCAUAUUUGGUCACAUACCUAGCCACAUUAAGCCUCUUUAGCGGUUGUCAGGAUAGUUUUACGCCUUAAAGAACCAUAAAAGGUAUUCUUUGAACCGAAAAUUUUAUCGUAACAAUCAUUUUUUUACCACCCAACUCCACUUUCUGAUCCUGUUUCCACGCAUUUGCAUGCAAUACUCUUGAUGACAAAGUUUUAUUAGUUUUCUUCAGCCCAUCCCCGUCUCCAACUCUUCAUUACGCACGGUGGCUACAACAGCAUCGUCGAGGCCGGCACGUUUUCCAUUCCGCUUCUUUUGAUUGGAAUGAUCUUUGAUCAGCCGAGAAAUGCCCGUCUAGUCGAGAGAAAUGGCUGGGGUCUGAGUCUGGACAAGCUUUCAUUGCUCCAUGGCGCCGAGGAGUUUGAGGCCAAAUUGACGGAAUUAUUGACCAAUAAAAAGUAUAAAACAAAUGCACAGAGGGUCAGCCGAUUGAUGAAGACUAAGCCUCAGACGGGAGAGCAAAAGUUUUUGUCGUAUGUGAGGUUUUUGGAAGAGAAUGAUGGCCAUCUACCGGAGCUAAGGUCAAUUGCCAGCGAUUUGUCGACCAUCGAAUACCAUAACUUGGACAUUUUAGCUGCUUUUCUAG